AUGUCUCAAGGCAAAGCCAUCGAAAUCGACAACGAGGUUGUUUUCAAAGCCCUCACCUCCUCUGGCCCCGUCAUCGUCGAUUUCUACGCCACUUGGUGCGGACCAUGCAAAGCCAUCGCGCCGAAAAUCGCACAAUGGAGUGAAGAGCACACGAACAUUCGAUUUUUGAAAGUUGACGUGGACAAGAUGCGGCAGAUUGCGAGUGCCAAUGGGAUUACAGCGAUGCCGACUUUUAUAGUUUUCAAAAAUGGCCAGGCUGUGCAGACGAUUCGAGGUGCGAAUGUACCGGAAUUACAGAAGGCGAUUCAGUCCUUGGCUGCUUAG